AUGACAACGUGGCAAUUAUCAGUAAAAACAAAACCAGCUAUCAUUCAGCGUGCUAUUGAAAAUAUUACUUAUAUUAUUCAAUCUGAUAAAAUUCCUGAAUUGACAGUUUCAGCAUUGACACAAGUUCGGAAAAGGAUUAAUGAUGUUGUUGAAACUUAUAUUGAAUUGAAUACUAUUCGGGGAUGUUUAAAUCGUGCUUCACCCUCAUUUAAUUGGAUUGCAAAUGUCGAUGAUGGUUCAUGUGCACCAGCUCAAAUAAAGUUUCAAUUCGGAGGCUUCAUCCAAACUUGUACGGAAGACAGCCGCUUGCCACAGUAA